AUUAUAAUGGAACCUUUAUCUCUAAUCAUUUAAAAAAUCCAAAUUUUAUUCAGAUGCUCAUAAGAACAAAUAGCCCCUAGAGUGUGUUUCCUCCCAUAAAGAUCUAACGAUAAAUUAAAUAUGCUUUACAAGGCCCGAUCCUAACUACCUUAUCCAAUGAAAUAUUUUUUCAAGACAUCUCUUUUUGAUAUUUUAAGAAACUAUUUGUACACAAUUUUUAAGAAAUCCAAAUCGAAAUUGAGUAUCUUUUAUAGAAACCAACACAACUACCUCAUCGAAUGAAAUAUUUCAUUUAGGCAACCUCUAUUUGACAUUAUAAGAACCAAGUACUAAAAAUGAAAUAUAAAAUGUAUGGAGAAGAGAAUAUAAGGCAAAACUCAAGCUGUAUGACAUAAAUGGAUGUGAGCAGCGGGCUCAGGGCAUCCGCAGGUCGACCCAGGGCCGAGGGCUACCCAUUUCACCCGCGGGCUCGUAGGUCAAGAUGCUUGUCGUCGCCAGCAUUGGCUGUUGUAUAUAAAUUUUGACAAAAGAAAGACUUCGGUUUAAACCAAUUUUGGCAAGGCGGCGGCCAUAAGGUGAUGACCACUCGACGCGACGACAUGGCGCGGAUUAGCCGUAUUUCCCGGUCGCAUACCCAUUCGCCAUCGCUCCUCCAUCUGCUACUUCUGCUGCCCAUCUUGGCGAUCCCCCUGGCGACAGGAUUUGGCAACGAGUACGUCCACAUCAAGGUGCAUGUGCCCAAGGAGGAGUCGCCGGUGGAGGAGGUGCCUCCGCCGCACAAGGUGAUCCACCACUUCCACCACCACCCACAUCCCCACCAGCUGCACCGCAGUCGAGGGCGAGCCCGUCCCAAGCCCAGUCCGCUGCUGGAGAGCGUGAUCCUCUCUGAUCUGGACAAGCCGCUGCACAUGAGCGAGCAUGCGGACUAUCUGAACCACGCCAAGGAGCUGGCAGACCACCUGGCGGAAACCUACGCCAGGAAGGCACCACCACCGCCGCCUAAGAAGAAGGUCAACACCUACACCAUUAUCGAGGAGCACCAACGGCCACAUGGACACGACUACGAGGAUCACCAUGAGCACGGCGUGGAGACGUAUCGCGUGAUUGAGUCGCGGCCCAAGCACCAGCAGUAUCACCACAACCACCACCACCACCCCCAUCACCAGCAUGCGGAGGAGGCGGAGGAAGAGGAGGAGGACGCGGAUGUGGGCUACCACUAUUCGGGCGCAGGAAAAACGCAUCACUCUCUGGGCAUUGGCGCCUAUGCGGAGCCCGCCCCUGUUGAGGAGGAGCACCUGGAACCGGAGCCAAGUCCGGGCUACAGCUACUCCCCGCCCAGCCACUCUUACAUCCCGCCCGGCCAGGCGCAUCGCGGCUCCAAGGCCAACAGGGCACCGGCCUACACGCUGGAGGCGCCGCAGGAGCCCUCCUACGGCUACGAUUACUCCAGGCCCUCGGCGGGGAGUAGCAGCGACUUCCGGCCGUCCGUGCAGGUGCCAUCCAGCGAUCCGUACGGCCAGGAGGAGGAGCCGGCGGACACGUACGGCCCACCAAGGCGUCGCCGGCCAUCCAGCCUCGUGGAUUGGCCCGACGCGAAGGGAUUCAACAGUGCCGCCGCAGAGACAUACAGCGGCGUCGAUAGCUACAAUGUGGGCCACGUCCAGGGCUACGGCUCCAGUGGCUACCAGUACAGUGGGCCCUACCUGUAGGCGGACAGCACCAACACCUCGCCUAAUCUAAGACCUAAGAUCCUAUUUAAUGCAUUUUUUUGCUAGUUCCCUAAGUUGAUUAUUUCAGUUUUAAGAUUUCAAUGAUAAGAGAAUA